AUGCGGUAUCUUGACCGACGCAGCAGCCCACAGCGGGCUGAAGUCAGUCGUGUUCUCAGGACAGGGCUGGCGGUCGAUCUGGAGCGGCAGCCUCGACGUGGCGCGCGGGGCGGCCUACGUGCUGUCGUUCUCGGCCCUCACGAAUGUCUCCGAAGCAACGGUGCGCACCCAGCUCCUCGUGUACCCAGACCUGGCGCCCACGAGCACUGCGGACCACGCGCUCCGCACGGCGUCCGGAGGCAGCGAGCAGCUACAUCAAGUGCUUCCUACAGGGGCGUGGGCCAAGUUCGAGCACUUCUUCAUCGCGGGCGAAAGCGCCUCCACCGUUCGCGUGAGCCUUGGGGCGCAGCGAAUCCGGGAAACCUCUACAUCGACGAUGUGGAGUUCCUCUUGUUCCCGAGUUUGGAGAGCGACAUGCUCGACGCGACCGCAGCGCUGGACGUGUACCGGCGCCCUCCGGACUGCUCGGGCGACCAGGAUGACCAUGAUUUCACGGCGUCAGAUUUGUGCUGUGCUUGUGGAGGAGGACGGACGGUCUGGGGCACGUGCGCGUGGACAGAGUCCACGGCGAGUGCGGGGUCGGAGGAGUUCGUCGCGAACGUGAGCUCGCCGGAGGAGUGCCUGUCGGCAGUCGCGGCGCAGUGCUCGAGCGCAACUUCUGCCAUGCUGCCAACCGCUGGUGCUGGGCCGUGCUUCUGUGUUUACGGCUACCCUUCUCCAAGCAGCAGUGGUUGGGCAGCGUGCGUCUUGGAAUCCGCUGCAUGGGAUGAGCCCCCCGAAUCCGAGGACUCGAGCUCGUCUUGGACGGUUGAUUAUGGAGAGUGCACCGUCAGCGGUUUGUGCAUUCACAGCGCAAAGCCUCACGGCUUCCAUGCGUGUAGGCUUUUUGCUCAUGAACCUAUUCGUAGCUACACGCUGUCGGCCGUCAUGCUUGACCUAGAUCCCAUUGUGGACAAGCUUUACGUGAAUGGAGUAUUUUACAGGCAUGACCCUGUACCAGCACUACAGGAUACAUCCACGCUGAAUGGAGUUCUACCAACAGGAGACAUCAUCUGGCAUACGCACAGCACUGGCAAAGGUGAGGGCUGGACCCUCUGCGCUGAGCCCCCACAGAUGUGCAGCGACUCGGCGGGCGAGGCGACAGACGCAGACUCCCACGGCUGCCAAGCGUAUACGUCUUCCGAGCAGAAGUGUUCUGCAGAGGUGCAGGUUGGCUAUCCCCCCACAUCCCGCUCGUCGUUUGACAGCGAUCCGGUGGAUGGCCCUGUGGUGGUCAACAUUCCUAUAGGGGUGAAUGGGACCCUGACGAAGUUCGAGCUGUUCGCCGGCUUUCCAGUGUAUGUCGAGCUCCAGGUGUGGAGGCCAGUUAGCGCAUACAAGUAUUCACUUGUGGGCUGGAAGGCCCACACGAUGGAAGGAGGGUUUCAAUCAGUGGAUGCAUCCAUUCAGGUUGAGGAGAGCGAUGUCAUCGGGUGGUUUGUACCGUCACAGGAUGAGCCCGUGCCUCAGCCGAUCCUGUUCGACGAGGGAGGCCGCAUGGUCCGCUUCCUGUCGACUCAGGCGAUCAGCGGCUGGAUUUUUGGUCAGGUCUCGAGCGACGACGACGCGCCAGAGAAGGCCCGCGCGUACUCGAUUCGGGCCACCGUCGAGGUAACUGCGUACGAAGGGGCCGACGACGUUGAUUUCACUGCCUCAGAUAUGUGCUGCGCGUGUGGCGGCGGCGACACCGCUUCUUGGAAGACGUGCGCGUGGGUGGAGUCGAACUGGAAUGAUGCAGAAGAGAUUCUUGGAUUGCGUUCGCGUCUUCUCCAGCAGCGUGCCUGA